GCGAGCAUUAGGGCCAGUCAAACCGGUGGGAUCGUGGAGCAGAGAGACGGCUGAAGAUAACGCAUGCUCUGGAUGAGAAGAAUCCAAAUGAUGCGCUGCUGCAGAUAGGCGUCCAUUUCCAAACAGGGACUCUUAUUAUUUUUUUCAAUCACUUCACAAGUUUCCCGUUUGCGAAAUUGUGAGAGUGGAGUAGCUCUUUGGUCUGUUUCUCUCUUGGACUUAUUUGGAUCCUGAUUUUUAAAAUUAAUUAAUCCGUUUGCUGAAGGAUUUACAACCCGUGUGUGUUUUACAAAAUAAGGAUUGCAUUACGCACUGACUAAAACCCAGCGAGCAUCAACAUGUCUUUAUGAGGAUGGAGCUGUGGACACGAGUCGCAUCUUUUCCGUUUUAAAUAGCAAUUGUUUGGUUUCUUUGGCUCGGAUCUCAACUGUUUCCCCCUGAAAGACUGACUAUUUCUUUCCCAAUUCAUAUUUUGGAGGGUUGAUCUUUGGAGAAAAACAAGGUAAUGGGAGAGAAAUCACACAGAGUCUGCACACAGAACAAGGGAACAUUGUUCGGAAAAAGACAAUUAGGGCGCACCGAGAGGCAACAGAAAUAGCGCUUGGGUGGCGGUACAUUUCCGAAAAUUCGAUUCAGUGGAGUUAUAUUUGAGCUCAGGAGCACUGCUUUGGAGAAAGGACUAAUGAGAAAUUAAUGGGAAAGUCAUGGGAUCGGCACUGAAAUAGUACGACCGUGGACGCGCAGAAAAACCGUCGUUUUUGGAGAUCCUGACGCACGGAUUGAACAAGUUUCCCCUGUCUGUUUUUGGUUUAAUUCAGCCACAUUUGGUUAUAUUUUGGAUCCACAAGGUUGUAUACAGCGGGCUUUCACUCCACACGCUGACUGCCUCUACCUGAUCGGCUUGUCGUCGCACAUCCAUUGUUUUGAGGAUCACCUUUGCUACAGCAUUGCAAACAGAAACCAUUUCUUUUAUUUUUAAAUGGGACUACAAAUGCUUGGUGUCAGGGUUGAAAUGGCCUGUCGACGAAGUGGGAAUGGAUUGGGACUCCUGCUGAUAUUCUUACUGGAUUUACUGGGGACGACGGCCAGCAAUAUGGAGCCCAUCUACUGGAAUUCACUGAACGAAAGGUUCAGAGACGACAAGGGCUACGUUCUGUACCCUCAGAUUGGGGACCGGCUGGACCUCAUCUGCCCCCCGCUGGACACCGGCAGGUCCACGCCGGAGUACGAGUUCUACAAGCUCUACCUGGUGGCGUCACGAGAACAGGCGGACCGCUGCGAGGUGAGCGGCGCCCCCAACAUAGUGCUGACCUGCGACGAGCCCACCCGCGAACGCCGCUUCACCAUCAAGUUCCAGGAGUUCUCGCCCAACCUGUGGGGCCACGAAUUCAAGAGCAUGCACGACUACUACAUCAUCGCUACGUCAGAUGGGACGCGUCAAGGCCUGGAUAGCAUGAGGGGCGGAGUGUGUGCAACGCAAGGCAUGAAGGUGGUCCUGAAAGUGGGGCAGAGCCAAUAUGGGCUGCCUCCAAAGAAGGAGCCUCCAGCAGGACGCACCACCAGCAGAAACCCAGGCGGCGCAGGGAACUCCACCCAGUCAAGAGGAACAGGCUUCGGGGGCGAGGGCGGAGAGAACGGGCCCCUUCAACCCUCCAACAUCGCCCUCAUCGCCGGCGCCGCAGGAGGCUCUGCGUUCCUGCUGCUGGUGACGGCUGUGAUCUGCGUAGUGUGUUACCGGCGGCGGCACGCCAAACACUCCGACACCCACCACCCUCCGCUGUCGCUGUCAUCGCUCACCAGCCCCAAGCGAGGAGGGGGCGGGGGCCUCAGCAGCUCCAACAACAACGGUUCCGAGCCCAGCGACAUCAUCAUCCCCCUGCGGACGUCAGACUCAGCCUACUGCCCGCACUACGAGAAGGUGAGCGGAGACUACGGACACCCAGUCUACAUUGUCCAGGAGAUGCCUCCCCAGAGCCCCGCCAACAUCUACUACAAAGUAUGAGACGGCCUGCUGCUGGCCGACUGGACACAUCCACCUCCCUCCACCCUUUACCAACCAACCCCCUGCUCCAAAUGAAGACACAGCAAAGCUCGUCAUCACAGCUCCGACCCUGAUCCCCUCAAUACUACCAGUAUUGUCCCAUGGACCCCCCCCACUCCCUGCCCCGUGAGCCCGGCCACAGUUGUGUUUCCAGCCACCCCACCCCAUACUCGCACAACUGGGCCACCAAGUGUGUGUUAAGGGCAGUCGUAUUGCUACAUAGCCCUUAUUACCAAGGCCCUCACGAGUGGGCCAGAGCCUCUGAGUGCCCCCUUCUUGUCAACUCAGAGCUAAACGAGACCCACCCGUGCCGAAUUGAAGAGUCGUCCCCCUUAACGCCAGCGUGGGUAUGUGUGUGUGACACACUUUUUUUCUAGGAGUAUGGACCUGACGUUGGGACUUGAGAUGUUUUGCAAAACAAAAAAAGAGAAAGUAAAGGACUACAUUUAAAAAAAUAAACUGUACCCUUGAUACCACUUAGCACCGGAGAACUCUGAUUCCCAGAGGCCGUACCCGCCUAGCCCAGCGCUCCACCCCUCAGAACUCCAUCGGCCAAUCAGAGACCGGCCCCUGCCACUAACUCACCAAUAGGAUUCUAGUUUAUUUGUGUUUGUUUCUCCUGAGAAAAUAGGGGGCCUCGAACUCACACAAUCAGCCAGCCCGGGCAGGCGGUCACAUGACCAGGCCCCGGCCUGAGGAGGUCUGACCAAUCGGUGACACUCAGAAUCUUGUAUAUUUUAAUAAUGUGUGUGUGUGACUGUGCGAGUGUGCAUACGACUUGGAUAAUAAUUAUGGCGCUGCUGCUCCACAUUAGCCGUGUGUGUGCAGUCGGUGUGCUUCAGUACAGCAAGUGUGCAUAUGAGUUUGCAUAUGCGUGCGUGGGGUUUAGUUUGUGUGUACGUGCGCUUUGUGUGUGAGUGACUGUGCGUAAGCGUGCGUUCCUUAGACUUGUCUUAAAUACCAAAACACAAAAUAGUGAGCGAAUAUCAAAAAAGUGAGAUUUUUUAUCGCUAUCAACACUUAUAGAUUAUAUAUAUGAAUAUCCAGUAAAUAAUUUCUAGAUGGUUUUUUUCUAUUGUUUUAUUAUUUUUACUCACUUCUGUUGCUAGACAUUUUUUAUCUGCUGUUUUUGUUUUUCAAAACUUAGAACGACCUUGUUUCCUUCCUUUUUUCCCCAUUGCGUUGUAUAUUAAUUUAAUCCCUUUUUUAAUUUUCCCGGCGAACAGAGGUUGUGUCUCUCUUUCUCUUUUCCCCUCUGUCAUUCACUCCCUCCCUCCCCUUUCCCUCCUCCCCCCUCUCACCCAUCUAGGGUCUCUGAACUUUGUGUAUAUUUUUAUAGCUCCUUGUACUAUGCUGUAGUUUUGAAGUUUAGACCUCGUUUGUGGAAGUGUUGAGGUAGAACCAUCUAUGAACGUUUUUUGUUUUUUUUCAAGCGCUUUUUUGAAACGCAGGAGUGAAAGGGGUGGGGGAGAGGUGGGGAAUGGGGGAGGUGAGAGGGGAUGAAAUGAAAAAAAAGAAUAAAGGAAAAAGAACAGGGCGAGAGAGAGUGCUGUCUGGGGAGGAGGAAUAAAGCGGCAUCUGAAUGCAGAACUUCAAAAAAAAAAAGAGAAAGAGAGGAAGGGAGGGAGGGAGGCGAAGAGAGGAAAGAAAAGACUGUGAAGGAAUUGCACACUAAAGAAAAAAGCAGCUGAGGGGAGGAUGGGAACGGCAGGAGUGAGAGAUGAAGGAUCCCGAGGAAGGAAGGAUGGAGAGAGCAAAGGACAGCGAAGGACAGAAACAUUUUCUUGAGCCUCCUCAUCGGAUUUCAGAGGAGUUGAACUUUAACCAUGGAACGAAGAGAUCUCAUCACACGCUCGCACACACACAUCUUCAGUGACUCACUCAUGUUAACGUGAGGCGGCACAUUUAAAAUUUGCUCCUCUUUUCUGCCCAAAAAUCGUGUUGAAAUGCAUUCCUGUGUCACACACAUACACACUCUCUCUCUCGUUUAUUAUCAAGGCACACACGGUACAUUGCUAGCUGCGGACACACAAGAGAAAUCCCCUCCAGCAUUCAGUACAUUCUUUUUCACCCACGCACCCUCCCACCCAACAUAACACAGAUUUCACACCUUUUAAUGACUGUCACAAAUGCCUACUGAUUGCAUUGAAUGACACACAUUUGCUAGCGCUCGCUUUGUCACGCACACGCACGCUUUCACCCACACUCAACAGAGAAGCUGAUUGCUCUCAUAUGACUCUAUUCCUGUGAUCAAGACUAACCCGAUGGACAUGGGCGGGAUGAAAAGGGUGUGCGCCAUGUUUUCUCUUUCACACACCCUCACGCCAGUGCCCAGCACCUCGACCUCGAGGGGCCCGUAACACAAUGCUGUGUUCAGAGGUGCAAUAUUUUCACAUGUGCAUACUAAAAAAAGCGGUUUUGUGUUGCUCAAACAUGUUUAUGGCUUAUGUGUAAUAUGGGUGGCAGAUGAGAGCUUAAGCUUUUUUUUUUUCUUUAGAAACACACGCGAGGCCUCCAGUGAUGUAGCCAUGUUUUCUGUGUGAAGCCAGUGUUAAUUCUGAACCUUAAAAACAUUUCUCAGCUGUGUUUUGUAUCAGUAUCUAACAUCAUAUAAUUAGAUAUCUCUGUGUCACAUUCGUCUGAAAUGACUUUGUUCAACACCAUGAUGAUGAUGUUCAGUUUUUCUACCAUCAAUGAGUUUGGAUUGUAUUUGACUGUAUCAAAAUUGAUUUCAAAGUUGAAAUAAGAGGGGGAAAACACCUCAAAUUCUUCUUUUUGUACAACUGCCGACUUGUGUUUUUUUAUGUAUGCUGUUAAGUCUAUGUCUAUUUAAACAUUCUCAGAGUACCUAUAAUAUCCUCCAAGCCAAAUGAAGUGUCUGUUUCUCUCUCUCCAACAACUACUCUUUGGAGCACUCCGAUCCAAAAUGACAGUAUUUUGUUUGAAAAUGGCCGCUGCCUAGGAGGGGGAAAACUAAAACUUUUCGGACUUUACGGCAUCAACCCCUGACGAAGAAGUCACUGCCCCAUUUUCAGUCCAUUUCGCUCCCCCCUCCCUCUCAGCAGAAUGUCAAGUAUCUCUUGGACUCAAUUUUUUUUUUUUCUUCUGUUGUUUGAUUUCCAUGUCGAUGUUAUUUCAAAGUUGUGUCUCUGGCUCUCACUGUUUGUGUUUGACUGGCCAACUCAAAGUGUUGGCUUUUCUAAAAACCACGGACACGGCCACUGGUUGUCAUGUUGAAAACAGAAAGAAGAAAAGUGCUGUUUCUAUGGACCGGGGGGAGAGAGAAAAAAAGAAAAGAAGCAGCUACCGCCUAGCUCCCUCACCUCUCUGUUGGUGUGUGUGUGUGUGUGUGUGUGUGUGUGUGUGUGUGUGUGUGUGUGUGUGUGUGUGUGUGUGUGUGUGUGUGUGUGUGUGUGUGUGUGUGUGUGUGUGUGUGUGUGUGUGUGUGUGUGUGUGUGUGUGUGUGUGUGUGUGUGUGUGUGUGUUUCUGUUUCUUUGUGCCAACAGACAGCGUGCGGAGGCUGCGGAGCGAGGUGGUUCUCGUAUGUAACGUGUUGAGACUUUGUAUUUGGGACACCUCUGUGUGAGAAGGUUUUUUUUGUGUCCUCUCCUCUUCUUCGCUCCUGCUUAUCCCCUUGUCUACUCAUCACGGUGACCCCUUCCUCCCUCCCCCGUUCCCUUGCCCCCCUUCCCCCCCCCCAACACACCUCAAAAGAGAGGAAAAAACUAGUACAUUCCUGGUUUGGAAAAAAAGGUUGAAUAAAAAAACAAAACAAAAAUGUUUAAGCACCA